AGGAGGCGGAGCUGGGGCAAAUAGAGGAGAUAAGAAGAAUACAAUGCGGGGGAAUGUCGUCAGAGGUCGUGGUCAACCCAUUUCCUCAGAAACACAUGCAACACAUCCUCCCCAUCACAAGGCGCAUCAAGUCAUUCAAGGACGCGGCCGAGGUGGCACCCGUAAAACCUACGAGCAACAACGACAACAUGCAGCUCAAGGCAACAACGAAACGAACGCUCCAUCGAACGUGCAUAGUACUACUCCUACUACUCGCCCAACAGGCGGCCAGGUGCAAAGUCAUGACGACCACAGCAAGCCAUUGCACCCUUCAUGGGAAGCGAAACGGAAGCUGAAGGAGAAGUUGAACCCCGCUAUCGUGCCAGCUACAGGGACGAAGAUUAAGUUUACUUGAUAUUAAAUCAGGAUCUUGCCGAGUUCAGGUGUUGACGUUCGUAUGCGAUGGCUUGUUUGCCUAUUUUGUGUGCUAGAUAUGAAUCG